AUAUCGAUCAGCUGAUCAUCAGCUAGCUGCGUCGUCUUCUUCAGCAAGAGAAGCUAUUAAUUAGCUAUAUAGAUAGCUGGUGUGAUUAGGAGGAGAAAUUAAGGAGGAUUAAUUGGUGAGAGAGUGAUUAUUAUUAGAUGGCUGGGCUGAGGGAGAUGGAGUCGACGCUGCCGCCGGGGUUCCGGUUCUGCCCCAGCGACGAGGAGCUCGUCUGCUUCUACCUCCGCAACAAGGUCGCCAACCACCGCGUCGCCUCCGGCACCCUCGUCGACGUCGACCUCCAUGCCCGCGAGCCAUGGGAGCUUCCCGAGGUGGCUAAGCUGACUGCGGAGGAGUGGUACUUCUUCAGCUUCAGGGACCGGAAGUACGCGACGGGGUCGCGGACGAACCGGGCGACCAAGACAGGUUACUGGAAGGCCACGGGGAAGGACAGGGUCGUCCAUGAGGCGGCGACCCGAGCGGUGGUCGGGAUGAGGAAGACGCUGGUUUUCUACCUCGGCCGUGCCCCCAACGGGCACAAGACCACCUGGGUCAUGCACGAGUUCCGCCUCGAAACCCCCAACUCCCAACCCAAGGAGGACUGGGUGCUAUGUAGGGUGUUCGACAAGAAGAAGCCAUCGAUGACAGAAGCCGAUCAGCAGGGAAGCAAUGGCAGCGACCAUUUCAUCGCCGGCGCAGCCACCGGCCCCUCCUCGCCUACAACGACGACAGCGGCGGCGGCGGCGCCCCUCCUCGCGGGCUCAUCGCCCGACCCGACGGUGGUGGACAGGUUCGACCACCACGCAGCGCUGCCACCGCUAAUGGCACUCAUGCAAGGUGGCGAGGACCAGAUGAUCGCCGCCGCCGCCGGUGGUAGCAGCAGCAGCAGCGCGCUGCUCAACCUGGCGAUGCUGCAGUACAGCUUCCUAGAGCACCGGCCACCCGGCGUCGACGACGACGCGGCGGCGGGGCCCGCCCACUUCGGCGCAUGCCGUGGCGGCCUCGGCGGCGGCGACGGCCCGCCGGCGCUGGGGGCGAUGGGGUUCGAGGAGCACGGCAUGGGGGAGAUCAUCGAGAUGGAGCCGCCAGCGUGGCGCCACGAUGGCAGCGGCUGCCUGUACAGGGACGAGCUCUACUUCUAGCAGCAGCAGUAGUGCAAAUGGAUUUGAAUUAUUUAAUGUGAUGCGCAUUGCAUGUGUUAAUUAGCUAGAGCUCAGUUUGAUUCAGAAAAAUAUAUAUGUAGGGUUUACAAGAGGUUUGCUAGUUCAUCAAGCUGUGAUUAGAGUAUAUAACAAAUUAAGGUGGAGUUAAAAAUUUAAGGGGUCUGAUUAGGUUGAGUGGCUGUGGGGAUUAAUUAAGCAAUUUGUGUAAUUAGUGAUCUGUUUGUAGGUGAGCAGUUACAGCAAACAACUUUAGGGAAAAGGGGAUGGUAUGAUCAGGACCAAGAUCAAUUUAAUGUUCAUGUACAUUGAAAAUGUAAUCCAGGGGAAUGUUUCACAUCUGAUUGGGCCAAGCACUUUCAGGAAGAGGAAUUAAAAUUUAUUCUGCGU